AUGUUUCACGAUACAUUGUCGAUGACUGGGGAAAUCCAUCCCUGCUUCACAUUUAAGCAGAGGCUGAUCAACUGAGUCGAACAAGAGCCUAUUUAUACCAGAAUGUGUAGAACUAAAAAGGAGGAUUACAAUGAGUGCCAUACUAAGGAGAAGUACAAAGCUGCCCAAUAUUUCAUUGGUAAUGAGUUGCAUAAGCAGAAAAUAUACUCUCUCCCUGUAUAUGACGAGGCUACUGACACUUUCAAGGAUGGACCUCUUCCAAAGGAUGCUGAUGGGUACUUCAACACGGACAAGCAAGUGUAUUACUCGGACCCCCAAUAA